UGAGCGCUUGCGGCUACACGACAGAGAUUUUUUGUUUAUUUUUCGACCCCCUACAAACUGGACCCCGGAGAAUAAGGACAAUAGGCUAUCAACCCAUCGCAGGUUGCACUUCACGCCGUGAAUGCAUGAAAUAUUAUCAUCUCAAGUCUGCCAUCUCCGUGACGCUGAUAUGCAUUGCUAGAGUGCGAGUUUCUCGUAGCCUAUUAAGCUAUAUUGGGCGUUCAGACAUUGUUCGGCGCUACUUGCACACCCCCAUAGCGGAGAGCGGGCAGUGGAGAGAACGCUCUGCAGUAGCCGCACAGCACAAGGCAAUAUUAUCGACCUGCGUCUUACCAGAGAGGGUAGUGGGACCGAGACCUGGACACGCUGAGUAGUCAUCCCAUAGGAGAAUUACAGCGGCAAUGGUCCUGUGAGUUGGAGGGGAAUUAAGCGAUUUGCUGAAGCAGAGGAUCCGGCGAGGGAGAGAAUCUAGCGCUGAGCCGCGGUCAGGUGGCCUCUGCUGCCAGGACGUGAGUCAGUCUGCGGGGGGGCGCUGCUGAAGCCGAGCGGAGAAGAUGAGCAGACACCUCCUGGUGGCAGUCCUCCUGUGCCUGCCGGUGCUACCCAUGCGCUCCAGCAGCCAGGAGUUCUCCAGCUGCGUCAUCAAGCGUGAGGAGGAGAAGUGCAUGACGAAUAUCGCAUUACACGAGCCCCAAGACUAUGAAUAUGAUCUUGAUGCAGGCUGCCCCUGGAUGUGGGAUAACCUGACAUGUUGGCAGGCGUCGAAGGUGGGCGAUGUGGUGGUAGUCAAAUGCCCCGAGGUGUUUGUGGUCAUUGCCCAGGACAAUGAGCUGGGGGAGGUCACUCGUAACUGCACAGAGUAUGGCUGGUCAGAACCAUUCCCUCAUUACGUGGAUGCCUGCAUUUUUGACGACAACACCACCAAACCACCGCAUCCUGAAUUUUAUAAAUCAGUGAAAGCCCUCUACACGGUUGGGUACAGCACCUCCCUAGUGUCCCUCACCACUGCCAUGGUCAUACUCUGCAGGUUUAGGAAGCUUCACUGCACCAGGAAUUUCAUCCACAUGAACCUCUUUGUGUCUUUCAUCCUGAGGGCUAUCUCUGUGUUCAUCAAAGACGGAGUGCUUUACGCAGAGGAGGAUAGCGACCACUGCUUUGUACACACAGUGGCUUGUAAAGCGGUCAUGGUGUUUUUCCACUACUGCGUCAUGUCCAACUACUUCUGGCUCUUCAUAGAGGGUCUCUACCUCUUCACUCUACUGGUGGAAACCUUUUUCCCCGAAAGGAGAUACUUCUACUGGUACACCAUCAUAGGCUGGGGCACACCUACCAUUUGUGUGACCAUCUGGGCUGUUCUGCGGCUGCACUUUGAUAACUCGGGGUGCUGGGAUAUGAAUGACAACACUGCUCUCUGGUGGGUCAUAAAAGGACCGGUCGUGGCUUCCAUCAUGAUCAACUUUGUGCUCUUCAUCGGCAUCAUCAUCAUCCUGGUGCAGAAGCUGCAGUCCCCCGACAUCGGAGGAAACGAGUCCAGCAUUUACCUCAGCUGUGCACAGAAAUGCUUCAGUGAGCCCACACAGGCUGUCACACAGUCGUGCAGGAUGUCAGAACUUUCCACCAUCACUCUGAGGCUUGCCCGCUCCACGCUCCUGCUCAUCCCUCUGUUUGGGAUCCACUACACGGUGUUUGCCUUCUCCCCGGAGAAAGUGAGCCAGCGGGAGCGCCUGGUCUUUGAGCUGGGCCUCGGCUCCUUCCAGGGAUUCGUUGUGGCUGUCCUCUACUGUUUCCUGAACGGAGAGUUUCUCCCUCAAGGUGCAAUCGGAGAUGAAGAGGAAGUGGCGAAGCUGGACGGUGAACCGGUACUUUGCUGUGGACCUGAAGCAGCAGCGUCACCCGUCCCUAGCGAGCAGUGGGGUGAACGGGGGCACCCAGCUGUCCAUCCUCAGCAAGAGCAGCUCGCAGAUCCGCAUGUCCAGCCCGCAGGCGGAGAAUGCCAACCUCAACCUGCCCACCUGAGCGUCUGAGCGCCCACCGCCCCCCGCCCCGACCGUAACAAUUAACAACACACACACACACACACAUCAGCAGACACCACACAUGCACACACCUGAAGACACAAACAUGCAUGCACACACACGCACACACACACACACACACACACACACACACUGUGGCAAACAGACACAUAAACUUCUCACACCAAUGCCGAAAGGCCCACUCCCUUUUGUUCCUAUACAUUAUUCCAAAUACAUCAGGCACAACAGGCUGAAAAAUAGAAAACAAACAAACAAACAAACAAACAAAAAAUACAUAACACUGAAAAGCAGAUGGCUGUCUUGAUGAGAAAUGCAGGUAGAAACAGGUGCGGAUUAAAUCUGAUCAGUCUUAAAUAGUGCCAUACAAUACAAUUUAAUACAAACUGCUAAGAAAGCAACAUUAGUUUGCUACGUGAAAAGAGUCAAGUUGGCGUGCCAUCCCUUGUACAGACAGUAAACAUUGAUAUAUUUUAUAAGGAAGGAAUAUAGAUGACCCAUCAACUUCAACUAAUAUAUAAAUUGAGAACCAAUAUUGGUGUACUAAACAAAGAUAACAGAAAUUUAAAUGAACGUGAAGAGUUAGUCAUGAAAGGUUUACAAAUAUUAGCUGAUAUUAAAUUCACUAAUUUCAGAAAGUAAGUGGGAUAGAAGGAAUUACCUCAAAAGGUCCUCUCUCUUCUUAGUUCCCAUGACAUAGACUCUAUGCGAACUAGAUUAGUAGUCUUAUUUACAACUACAGGCUACAUGUGUACCAAAUAUUGCAGCAUGUAUGAAACUAAAAUCUUGAGUUGAGGAGGGUAAAAUAUUGUUGACAUAAAUAGUGUAAGGUGUAUGUACUUGUAAGAAGUGCCAAAAUAUGACUAUUUUAAUAAUCCUUCAUUCUGCAAAACAUAGUAUCUAUGGCAACAUAGACGAAGGAAAACUGAAGAAUCUUAGCCUUGCUUGUAUAAAUGCCUAUGUGACAGAUUAAAUGUUUCAUCUUUUUAGGGAGGUUGUAAAAUUUAUUUUUUUUACAAUCAGCCAUAAGUACAGAGUAUGUCAAAAAAAUAUGAAAGCUCAAGGAUGAGCGCUUAAUCGUACGUGAAACUCUUGUUGUUGUGCUUUGGAUAUACAAUUUUCUUUUCUAUUUUCGUAUCAUGACGUUAGUAAUUUUUUGUGAUG